AUGCCCGACCGGUCUCGCUCGCAAAACCGCGCAUGUCGGUCUCCUACUGCCUCGCGCCGGACGCAUCACUCCCGCGGGCAUUCUCGGACUCGCAGCCCUGCUCGCGGUCGCCGCUCUCCAUCCAAGUCUCCCGAGCGUAGAUCGCGCAGCGCCGAUCUGCGUCGCUCUGUCAAACUCGCAAAAUCCCCUAGAAUUGCCAAGGUGCUCGGCAUAGUCAACGAGACCUCUGCGGAACGCGCAGCCCACUUCAAGGACCUCGGACAGCAGCUCGACGAUGCUGGGCGCUGGAUUACCCGUAGCAACUGGGGAUAUCCGAGCUUCUCGUUGAUAUUUGAGCAUCACUUCGAACUGGUCGACAUCGAGAGCUCAUACGAUCGAUUCAUCCUCGAGAAGGCUCUCACGACUAUGCUCAAGCUACUUCCAUGGCUCGAUCUGGACGAAAUCGCCCCCGACGAGGACGACACCGACGAGCAAGCGGCUGAUAAGAUGUGGUACCGCGCUGUGUUAUGCAACAGGCUAGACAAGGUUGCAUCGAUGGCGCGUUCUAACGAUGUCAGCAACUUCAGGUCACCUAUCGCCACCUACGUCAAGAAGAGUCUUCCGCCCAUCGAGACAUGCCCUGCCGAACUGGCGGCCGCCAUCGCUGAUCUGAGGGUGACCAUCGACUCGCAGGACAAGAGCGUCCGGGGCUUCUACUGUCGCGCAACAGGUCGCGCACUCAUUCCGCCGCAGGACCUACCACGAUGGCUCGAAGAUCCGGAUGAAUUGAUGGACCGUAUCCGCACGCGCAAGCACCUCCUAAGUCCCAAGCACAUGCCCUCGUUCAUCUACAAGAACUAUACUCUCGACACGACCGACCCCUACAUGGGUGCCUUCGAGGGGGACCUGAUCGUCCUUGCGCUCAAGCAUCUGUAUCUCGGGCCCGAGGCGGCGAAAAGCGACAAGAAGACGAACCAGGGGCAGUCGGUGGUCCACAAGGACAUGGUGGUGACCCGCGAGAAGCUUGCGUACGCGGUACUCAUGAUUAAGCACGCCCUGUCGUCCGAUGCUGACUGGCGGAGCGACAUUGACGGCGUCAAGAAGGCCGUUCUUUGGCGCCACACGCUGCAGGUUCUCAGCCCCGGGCUCACGAUGGACCUUGGUGUGGAUGACUACACGCUAUCGAACGACGACGAGGACAACCUGGACCUGGAGGACGACCUUCGACAAGCCGUCAUCGAGGACAAGUUGACCUGGGUUGAGGGUCUUAUGGAUCGGCUUACCGAGCGCGUAUUCGGCCGCCAGCGCAUCACUGAAGAAGAGCGCCAGGCAGCGGAACAGUCGGAUGUGCUGUCGACCGCGGCGCAGAUGACACGCAACAUCGCCGAGAGGAUCCUUGCCAAACAAAAGGCCGACGCCGAUCGCCAACGGCAGCAGGAGCAACAAGACGAGGUCGAGGUCGAGUCCCGCGCUGCAUCUCCGCCGAGUGUUAGUCGGCCACCACGGCGCCAGGACGACUCGUCCUUCAGCACUCCCCGGUCCAACCAGGGGAAUGGCUCGGCUCGCCGCGCUUCGGGCCGUGACACGCACCUGUCCCGCCCAAGAUCUCGCGGCAUUCUGCAGCCACAGCAGUCAAGCCCGACACGGUCGCGCGCUGGGGGUGACACAUCGCCCCCCGCACCCUCAUUUAGUCCCCUCAUGACCACACCUUCUCGCCGCCGCCGUCGGCUCAUGCGUAUCAGGUCCCCUCGCCCCUCUCCACCUCGCUCGCCUGACAAGACCCAGUCUCCCGAGCGCACACCGCAGACUCCCUCUACUCAGCAUCCCCAGCAGCAACCCCCUGGGGAGCGCACGCCGCAGGACGCUCCGCGCGAUGGUGAGGUGCAAUCUCGCUCCGACAAGAACUACGCUGGUCCAUCGGGCAGCAAGCGGAAGGAGCGCGCUACAAGCCCCCUCUCCGACAAUGAUCUUUACACGCCGCAGCCACCGCCAAAGAAGAAGUCGCGGGUCAAGACCGCCACGCAUGCGUCCGGCCAGCGCAGGUCGACGCGUACAAAACAUUGGUCAGUGUUCAUCGGGGCAUCGCGUAUCCUGCUGAUUAUUCGCAGACCACAGUAA